AUGGAAGACCACGAUGAUGAAUUAGUUGCAUCGGAACACGAUCGCCUUGUUAGUGCCAUAACAAAACUCGACAAAACACAACACAUUACGGAGCCUACUAGAAAUGAACCUACAAAUCUAAAUUCGGAGUUUAAUUUAAUCAAGUGGUCAAAUAAAUUAAAACUUGAUAAUGUCAUCAAAGUAUUAGAAGAUACAGCUAAUAACGUUAAAAUUGGUAAGAAACUGAAAAAAACACAAGAUGCAAAAAAAGUACUUCCUAAACCUUUGGAAAAACCACAAGCUGAGCGCAUAAAAAGAGCUACUGGAUAUGAACAAACUAAGAAAAAAGUGGGAAGAUGGGAUUCCGUUGUUGCACGAAACCGAACUGUUGAUUUUGUUUCUUUUCCUUUAAAAACAUUCUCAAGCAAACUGCAACCAACAGAUGAUUUUUUGUCAAAAUUAAAGCUUAAAUCACAGUUAGAAAAAGAAUUAGAAGAAGUUGAUCCUCUACCUGCAGCAGAAGAAGUUGAAGAUGAGGAAAAAGUGUAUCCAAUGAGUUACCAAGAAAUGCUAGAACAUAGACAGAAUCUGGCAAAAUUAAGGGCUCAACAAUCUUAUAAAGCUGCAAAGGCAAAAAGACAGAGUAAAAUAAAAAGUAAAAAAUACCACCGGAUACUCAAGAAAGAAAAGUUGAAACAACAAUUGCAAGAAUUUGAAGAAUUGCAAAGUAAAGAUCCUGAAGAAGCACUUAAAAAACUAGAAGAGCUUGAAAAAGCUCGUGCACUAGAAAGGCAUACCCUUAGACAUAAGAAUACUGGUAAAUGGGCCAAAAGCAAAUUAGUUAGAGCCAAGUAUGAUAAAGAGGUCAGACAACAGUUAGCAGAGCAAUUAUCUGUCAGUAAAGGCCUAACACAAAAGGUACAAAAUUUUGAAAGUACAGAUGAUGAACUUGAUGAUGAAAAUAUACCAGACAUAACGUUAAAUCAGGAUCCAAUGAACCCUUGGAUGAUGAAGAGAUCUGAUAAAACAAAUGUAGAUUCAGAAUUUGAUUUUGGUUACAAAAAAUAUUUGAAAGAUAAAAUGUAUAUGCGUAAAGAAAAUAGUGAUUCUGAAUCAGAUGAAGAAAAUGAACAAUCAAAUAAUAAAGUAGAUAUUACUUUAGCAGACUUAAGAGAAAGUGUAAAUAAAUUAAGUAAAAAGGAUAGUAUUUGUACUGAGCCAGUAGAAAAGGAACAAUGUGAAGAAGGAAUAGGUAAUGGAAAACAUAUGAAACCUGCCAAAAUUAAAAUAACAAAAUCUGCUCAAAAAAUGAAAAAGAAGACAAAAACUGUUGCUACUUCAGAAUGGAUGGUUGAAUCGAUUGAUAGUCAAUCUUUGAGUAGGAAAGAUGCAAUUAAAUCUGUUGACAUUGCUUUUAACAAUUUCGAAAAUAAGGUUACUGGAAAAGUGGAAAAGAAAAUACAAUUGUUAAAAAAAGAAAUUAACAAAUUGGAAGAACAACCCAAAGAAUCAAAGGGUACAAAAGCAAAUAAAGUUAGAGAAACAGACAGUAUAGAGUAUUUAAAAUUCAAAAAUCAAAAUUUAAAACCAUUUAUUGAUGAACAUUUAAUAGAGACUCAUAAAGGUGAAGAGGUAAUAAACAAUGCUCCAAUAGCAAAUGUGAAUGUCUGUCUCGAUGAGGCUCCUAAAGGAAAUAGUAAUAUGGAUAUUGAUCCAAGUAGAUUUAUUGAAGUUAAGCCUAAAUAUCUAAAUACUGCAUUAUCAAAAGAGGAACAUGGUGUAGAUGAUUUAGAUGACGAAGAGCAAGUAGUUCCAAAAGUUGACAUUGAAGAAGUUUUUGAGGAAGAUGAUGUCGUUGCUAGUUUUAGACAAGAAAAAGAAGAUGAGGUCAACAAAGACACUCCACAAGAUAUAGAUUUGACUCUACCUGGGUGGGGAAGCUGGGGCGGCAAAGGAGUUAAACCAACUAAAAGAAAAAGAAACCGGUUUAUUUUAAAGGCACCACCAAAAAUACCCCGACGUGAUGACAAUAAAGGAGAUAUUAUCAUUAAUGAAACUAAAAAUCCUAAACUUACUACCCAUCAAGUUACAGACAUACCCUUCCCAUUUAACAGUGUUAAAGAGUAUGAAGCAAGUAUAAGAACACCUUUAGGUAACACUUUCAUACCAGAAACUGCUCAUAAAAAACUUAUCCGUCCCAGUGUUAUUACUAAGGCUGGUACUAUUAUUGACCCUAUGGAAGAAGAUGAAUUGUUAGUAAAAAGAAAUCUUGCAUUUAAAAAUGGUUCUGUUAUCAAAUUGUUGGCUAAGAAA